UAGUGUUGAUUUCCCAGUGUCAAAUAUUCUGAGUUGAUCCGUGUUGAUCGUGGUGUUCUUUUAGCACUUACAGUGUUCAAACAGCUCUGGGGGCGGAGUUAUUGCGGCGAGUUAAGUGAUGCUCUCCUGACCGAGUUACUUGCACAUCCGGUUUCAACGCGCUCUUUCUUCUGGAAGUCACGGUGAAGAAAACCCGUGGUCAGGAAGAUAUUUAGCUGUUAUUUCAGAAGGCAUAUGCUAAACUGCGACAGGGACUAAAGAGGAAAAAGCGAGUGCCUAAUUGAUACCAAAACGUUUCUGCAAGAUAUCACCAUGCUGCUGAAGGUGAAAUACCAGAGGACCAAGAAGUCCAUCCCAUUACAGCUAGGUUUCACCUAUUUUGAAUUCAUCACUGCAGCUGAAUCAAGACUUCACGCUGCCGUUUGGUGCUGAGACGGCUUCCAAGAUGCUCGAGAAGUGGGAUACAGCAUUCAAGCCCACGGUCAUCAAAGAGGCCAAACACCUGACUCCGACAACUGAGCUGUGCCAACUUCUGACAGCUGCAGAGAACCUUCCAGAAGAUGAUCAUACCGACUGGGACAGUGACAUGGCUUCUCUGCUGCUGCUUCUCCAUCUCUUGCCACCCACAGCUGGAUGGAAGAGGAUCAAAAUAAGUCCCAGUGAUGCAGUGGGAAAAAUGUUGCAUUGUCACAAGUCAUGCUGCAGCAUCAGUGAACACCUGCUGGGAAGAGAGGCUAAACAACCGUACAUCCUUGCUGUUGGCCGAAACAAAAACAGAGUGGAUGCCUUCUCCAUCGUUGUGGAUAAACGGCUCAUCCCCUGCCAAGCUACGAGCUCGUUGGGUGCUUUUGAUGAACUAUUUAAAUCCCACUACGUGUUCAACCUGUCUUACGAUGAAACUUUGGUCCCACUCUUCACCUUUGUGCAGACAACAGUCUACAACAUCGAUAUUACAACAACAGAUCAGUCUCCAAGAGUACGUGAGUUCUGGGCGAAGGUCUUGCACGUGGUUUAAAAAUGAAGUGUUUCAUUUGUGGUGUUGUACAUGCGGCCUGCCAGGAGUUGAUUUUUGUAAAUGUGCAUGAUGGUGCUUUGAAGAUAUUUUCUGAAUAAAAUAAAAAGAAUUGUAUCAAUAA